AUCAGGUUUCUUUAAUUUUUCUUCUCCUUUAUUUUCACUUUUUUUUUCCUCCUUCCUUCAUUUCACCUACUCCCUUUUUUGUGGUUUUGAUUCUUUGAUGGUAAAGGGGUUUUAUGGUGAACUUAGGAAUCUGAACUUUUGGGCAUAGCUUGCUGUUAUAUGUUGAUUUGGGGAUUUUCUUGGAUCCUCUAGUUUUGUUGAAAUGGAUAUCAAGGUCUGAUUUUUGUUUUCGCUUUUGUGCAAUAUGAUGGAGUUUGAUCUUUCAUUGGUGUAAAUUUGGGGCUUUUUUUGUGUGUUGGAAGAGGAAAAACCAAUUUUGGGUUUUGUCUAAAUUUUGCUAAAGGGAGAGGCUUUGCUCAAAUUUUGAGAUUUUUGUGUGGAUUUUUCAUCUUAUUUUACCUUAUGGGUGUUUCUUGGAAGAAUUGAUUGUUUAGUUGUUUGGUGGACAGUUUUGGGUGUUGAAUUUGAUUGGUCAAAAAUGGAAGAAGACAGAAUAGAAAGUGGGAUCAAGAUUAAUACAGAAGAGUCUCAGUGUUUUGAGAUGGAAGUGGAAUCUUGUGAGACUGGAAUACCUGGUUUGAGCAAUGAGAAUGGUGAAGGAAGCCAUGGAAAUGUGGUAUUUUCGAGAGAAUCUCCGCUUGUAAGUAAAGACUUUAGAUCAUCUGCUAUAGUUGGGGGAGGAGGAGGGUGUAAUUGUGGAGUUAAUAAACUUAAAGCCAGAUUGUCUAGUUCAGACUGUGAGGUUGGGAAAAAUGAGAAAUCGGGGCAUGAGAAGAAGCUUAAUAGACAAGAGAGGAUCGAGUUAGGGCGAUUGUUUCAGGGUGCUGUGAGUUGCCAUGACUGGGAGCUCGCCGAGAGUUUGAUUCUACUGGCGGAUCCCCUGACUCUGAAUGAUGCAUUGUGCAUUGCUUUAGAUUCGAUAUGGUUUUUAAGUACACAAGAAGAGUUAUAUGGGAUAACAGGGUUGAUUAAGAAGAUCAUUUCUAAUGGUGCCUUUGAUUUCACUCGGGCAGCCCUAAGGACUUCAUUUCUUGCUUCUUGUGUUUCUGCUUGCCAGAGUCGAACUAUGAGCCUCGCGGAUACCGUGACUGUAAUGGCACAAAGGUUGCAUGAACGACUUCAAGAGUGCAAUGGGGAUGAAGUUUUGAAGGCAGAAGCUGGUGCUAAGGUUCAGAAGUUCACUGAAUGGGCUCUUAAAUGUAUUGGUUUCCAUUCCCGCUGCCAAGGGAACAGGGAUAAAGUUGGGCAUAAUGCUGCUGUUGAAAUACAACUACAGUUGUCGGCUUUCAAGACUUUCCUUGAUCUUGCUGGGAACCACCUUACAGGAAAGGAUUUCACGGAAGCAUUUGAUGCAGCUUGCUUCCCGCUUACGCUCUUCUCUAGUUCGUUUGAUCCGGGCUGGGCAUCGGGUAUUUCAGCUACGGCAAUCCAAGGACUGCUUGGCAUGUUGGUGGAGGGCGGUGCGGACAAUGUCAACCAAUGCUUUCUUGAAGCAUCUCGUUUUGGGAGCACUGAGCUUGUCCGCAUUCUUCUCCAGAUUGCUCAAAGGAAUAGCUUGGACGUUGAUGUCGACUUGGCUCUGGGAUUUGCCUCCCAUUAUGGUAAAAUUGGAACUAUGGAAUGUCUAGUGGAAGAAGGGAAUGCGAUGGCUUUCUUGGGACCUUUGAUGAGAGCUGCUGAAAGGGGCUGCAUUCAGGUAGUUGACUGGUUUGUUAAAAGAGGUUGCAGAGACAUGGAACUAUGUCUCGCCCUCACAGCUGCUACCUCCAGUAGUCAGGUUGAAGUUGCCGAAUAUCUCCUUCCUCACGUUCCUCAGCAUGUUCUUGCUGCCCUAAGUAUCGAGAUUCUUAAGGCUGCUGGUGAAAGAAGUGGCGGAUCUCUCGAUGGUGUAGCAUUUCUCCUAAGUUCAGAUUUCCUUGGUGAUCCAGCUGCAACUUAUGCGGUCGCCGACAGCAUCGCUAAGUCGGAUGACGAGGCUGUCGCUCCUGAGCUCAGGUCUUUCCUUCGGGAGCAUUGGUCGGAAGCUGCUUUCUCAGACGGGCUUAGGCAAGGACAAGAACACUACUUGAAUAUCGUGCGUAUUUUGAAAUGGGGGGAAUCUCCCGUGUGUUUGGCGGAUCUUCCCGGGCCCUUGAGAGUAGCAAUAGCAUACCUGCCGCUGUAUAGGGAAUGUGUCAAGGCAGGGGGUUGCUUGUUAUCACAAAGGCUUAGGGGGCAGCUCGUGGAAGCAGCGAAAAGGCUUGACGGCGUCGUGUUGGAAGAGGUAAACCAGGGAAGAGAAUUAUUGGCUGUUUUGGAGCAUCAUAUUCCCCCAUUUUUGGUAAAUGCAUCCAAUGGUGCUUAGGAUGAUAGCAUCUUUUAGAUUUUGAAAAAAUUUCACCUCUCUUCACUCUCCCUUCACAAAGUACAAUAACACAAUAGUUGGUGGGGUUGAAGGUGAGCAAAAUGUCCUCAAGGUUGGUCAAUUAUCUGAAUGAACCAGUUGUUGGCUUAGAUACAUAAAUCUGCAGGGAGUUUGUACAAUGCAUAUUCUGAUGUGUAUGUUGAGUAAACUACAUUCAGAAGGCUGGUAACGCGAAUGGGCAUACACGUUGGCUAUUUUCGUGGCGCUUCUCCUUCUUUAUCCGGUGUUUACACUAAACCAAUAAAUACAUGACAUGUCUUUUCAAUAUCUACCUUUAUCACUAAUUAUGAUGAAUUAACAUAUAUUAUCACUUCAAUUUACCACUUAAUCAUGGUAAAGUAAUGUGCUUUGGUGUAAACACUGGGUAUCAGUUAGUUUUUUCCUUUUAUUUAAUCUGCUGCAGCUUAUCUGUU